AUGUCUGGCGAAGCUCUUACCCGCGAUGCUGUCGCAAAGCACAACACUCCGGAGGAUAUGUGGUGUAUCAUCGACCACAAAGUCUACGACCUGAGCGACUUCGUCGACGCCCACCCCGGCGGCUCCGUGGUCCUCGAGCAAGUCGCCGGCACCGACGCCACAAUCGCCUUCUACAACCUGCAUCGCCAGGAGGUGCUGGAGAAGUACUCGGAUCUGUGCAUCGGCACGAUCGAGGGCGAGAAAUCCGAGGUCAUUGUCCCGCAGCCCGGCGACCUGAGCCCCGUGCCGUACGCCGAGCCGCUGUGGCUGCGCCCGCAGUUCAAGAGCCCGUACUUUACCGACAGCCAUCGCAAGUUCCAGAAGGAGGUGCGCCGGUUCAUUGACAAGGAGGUCCGGCCCGUGGCGCAGGAGUGCGAGAAGAGCGGCAAAUACAUCCCACAGGAGCUGAUCGACAAGAUGGCGGACAACGACAUGCUGGCUAUGCGCCUGGGUCCCGGAAAGCACCUGCACGGCAAGAACCUGCUUGGUGUGGUCAAGGGCGAGGAGUUUGACUACCUCCACGACCUUGUGCAGGCGCAAGAGGGCGUGCGCGCGAACGCGAGAGGCUUCCAGGAUGGCAACAUGGCUGGCAUGACCAUCUCUCUGACUGCUGUGCUGCAGUGGAUGCCGGAGAGCGAGCUCAAGACACGCGUGGUCAACGAAGUGCUGAGCGGUAAGAAGAAGAUGUGCUUGGCUAUCACAGAAGCCUUCGCCGGCUCAGAUGUUGCUGGAUUGAGGACUACUGCCGAACUCACGCCGGACGGCAAGCACUACAUCAUCAGGGGCACCAAGAAGUGGAUCACGAACGGCAUGUUCGCCGACUACUUCGUCACCGGUUGCAAGACCCACAAGGGCUUCUCGGUGAUCCUGGUGGAGAGAGACGACAACCUCGAGACUAAGCUCAUCAAGACCAGCUACUCGACAACUGCUGGAACUGCCUUUGUUGAGUACAACAACUGCAAGGUGCCUGUGGAGAACCUGCUCGGCAAGGAGCACCAGGGCUUUGCCGUCAUCAUGGCCAACUUCAACCACGAGCGUUUCAUGAUGGCCUGCGCUGUCAUCCGACACUCGCGCACAAUCGUUGAGGAGUGCCUGAAGUGGUGCAACCAGCGAAUCGUCUUCGGCAAGAAGCUCGUCGAGCAGCCCGCUAUUCGACAAAAACUUGCAGAGAUGAUCUCCCUCGUCGAAGCCAACCAGGCCUGGUUGGAGUCGAUUGCGUACCAGAUGACGCACAUGUCCUACUCACAGCAAUCAAAACUGCUUGGCGGGCCGAUUGGGUUGUUGAAAUCGUACGCUACGCGCUCUGCACACGAGAUUGCCGACAGGGCAACCAAUAUCUUCGGCGGACGCGGCAUAACACAGUCCGGCAUGGGCAAGUACAUUGAGGAGUUCCAUCGCACAUACAAGUUCGAUGCGAUUCUGGGUGGAACGGAAGAGAUUCUGGCCGAUCUGGGAGUAAGACAGGCUUAUAAGAACUUCCCGAAGAGUAUGCUGUAG